AUGGUCAUGUUGGGCCUGGCCUGGAGCGGGUGGCCCCCACCAGCCCUGGAACAGCACCAUCAACUCACAGCGCCUGCCGGAGUUGUCGGAGUGCUCCAUGCUGUGCAGCGUCACCACCGUAUGCGCCGGGAGCUGCCCUUUGCGUACCAAGUGUUGAGUGCGACGUUGGGACGAACGCCGGGGCUGGUGAACGUCGCGCAGGAAAAGCAGCUGAAUGGUCGUGUUGUGGAAGGACGCCAGAGGACAUUCAAAGCUAUUGCGACUCUCUGGGGUCUAGCUGCGGAUCUGUAUUUCUGCCUCUUGCCUUUUGCUGCCUCAUCCAUGCUGACGGCGCCUCACUUUUGGGCCGGUGUGGGCGGAGCCGUGGUCAUUCGCUGCUGCGCUCAUCCUGCCGUGCACUUGCGCCCGGCGGAUGUGGAGAAGGUACUGGUGUUUUUGAAUGCCAUGUCUGUAGGUAUCCAGUACAGUCUCCCAAGGCAACUUCUUCCAGCGCUGAGCAGUGGCAGGCUGCUCCUGAGCGUGAUGUUCUUGGACCCAUGGCAAGCUGUCACCUCCAACCUCUUGCUGUCCCCACUGUUCACCUACGCAUCUUUGGCCAACGAGAGUAUUGAUGCCCUCUCCAUUUUUUUGGCCAUCAUGAAUGAGGCCUUCUUCCUCUUGUUGUCGAGCUUAGUGUGUUUCUACUUGGACGCCAGCCUCAGGAGGCAGGAGUCAAGUACCAUGAAGAUGGAAGCCAAGACCAAGGAAGCUGAGGCCAACAUGACGGCAGCACAGAAGUUGUUAAAUGUAACCUGUGACGCCUGCGUUCAUGUGACCAACGACUUUCACAUCAAGAAACCUCAUAGGGCAUUGCUGGACUUGCUUGGGGCUGAUGAAGUAGAAGGAAGAUCUUUGUUGGACUUUAUUGGCGCAUCGGACAGGGGUCGCUUUCUGGACGCCUUCACUUCGGACACCGCGGCGUCGCCCGCCAAGUCCUUGACGGUCCAGAUGUUGGACGCGCAGGGAACAGCUUCAGAGGCCAGGUUUUACCACGUGCAGGUGCCCACCUUCGCCCCCGGCGCAGAGCUUCCCGGCGCUGAACACCUGCUGGGCAUCAGCGAGGUGGGCGAGAUGCACGACGCGCACACUGCCCUCGCAGGCCUGGCGGCCGAGGGACGCCGCAACUCGCGAGGUACUGCAGAUAUCAAGCCUUUGGUGCCGGGCUUGGCGGUGGAUCUGGAGCAGUUCAGCCGGACCUCCUCGCCACGCAGUGCGGUGUGGAAGCCACUGAAGGGCUUGGAGAAUGUCAAGCUUACGAUUGACGCCACCAGCACCAACAGCGUGCACGAGGGCUUCCGGAUCCGGUCGGCCGAAUUCAACUUCAGCCACAAGGAGGACUCGAGCCUGGUGCCGAAUCUGAUGGAGUGGGUCGAACCACAAGCACGACACCGACUCCAAUGCUGGAUCCAAGACCAUGUGAACGCCUUCGCUUCUCAAAAGCGUUGUGAAUCGACCCUGGAGCGCGUGGUAAUGCUCGACCCCGUGGGGCAUGAUGCUUUGCUGGCGGGCUGCAUGAGCGCCUGCAAGCUGAUGGUAGGUACCCCAGAUGUGUCGGGUCCUUCCGGUCCCUCGGGCCUUUCUGAAGCAGAAACCGGCUCCACCGGUGACGGCAACAGCGACGAAGCCGACAGCUGGCAGGAAGAAGAUGACGACAUUUUUCUGCAGAUUGCAGCCUCUGAUUUCUACACCACCUGA